AGAGCCCCCGCCCCAGUGCCGCGGACGGCCGCCGAGCAGUGCCGCGCCGCGCCGUGCCGGGCGGGACUGGCUCCGCAUCCCGCGGGCUCAGCGCUUCCCCGCCCCCUGCAGCCGCGGACCCGGCGCAGCCAAUAGCAGCGGCGCUGCCGGGCUGCGAGCUGUUUACCCAAUCCGCGCCCCCCAGUCCCUGUGCCCGUCCCUGUGGCAGGCACCGGGCGGGCGCGCCAGAGGCGGCGGCGGCAGCGGCGGCGGGGGGGGGAGAAGGGGCCGCGCGGGGCUUGGGCCCGGGGAGGGAGGCGGCGGCUGGAGAAGGGUGGAUGAGCGCCCUGCCCAGGGCAGCUCCCUCGGGGCGUCUCCACCGGGCGGCUGCGGCUCGGGGGGCGCACUGCGCGCACGCACCUCGCCAUGACCCCCCGCCGCCUGCGGCCGGGCCCCGCGGGGCUUUCCCGCUGAGUGGGGGGCGCCCAGCGCCUCAGCGCCGCCUCCCGCCCUCGCCCCCCGCUCCUCCUCCUUCUCGCUGCGGCCGCUGCCUCCACACGGAGACCUGCUGGAGUGAUGGGCUGCAUAGGCUCCAGGACUGUCGGAAAUGAGGUGAUUGCAGUGGACUGGAAAGGACUGAAAGAUGUGGACCAAAUCAAUAUGGACAGCACCAGUUCUCUACAUGGAAGCAGCAUCCACCGACCCUCCACUGAGCAAACACGGACAGAUUUUUCCUGGGAUGGUAUCAAUCUCUCCAUGGAAGACACAACCUCCAUUCUCCCCAGGCUGAAGCGGAACUCCAAUGCUUAUGGGAUCGGGGCUUUGGCUAAAUCAUCUUUCUCUGGGAUAUCUCGCAGCAUGAAGGAUCACGUCACGAAGCCAACAGCUAUGGGGCAGGGUCGUGUGGCUCACAUGAUUGAGUGGCAAGGCUGGGGCAAAGGGAACAGCCAGCAACAGCAGCACACACAUGAGACAGCGCGCAAAGAUGCUGAUGCCUAUUCAGACCUGAGCGACGGCGAGAAAGAAGCCCGAUUCCUUGCAGGAGUGAUGGAGCAGUUUGCCAUCUCUGAGGCUACUCUCAUGGCCUGGUCCUCCAUGGAUGGUGAGGAUGUGAGUGUCAACUCAAAUCAAGAGAAUCUGGCAAGCAACUAUAGUGAGAACUACCAGGAACUGAUGGAGAACCCAGAACAUAUGGCUCAGACACAGUACGACAGUUGGCCUCAUUCCUAUGUCUCACAGGGCAUGUACUGCCUAGGCUCCUCUGAUGCUUGGGAGACCAGUGACCAGUCCCUCAUCGCUUCACCAGCUACUGGCUCUUACCUAGGCCAAAACUUUGAAGAGUCCCAGCCCAACCUGCAGGAGAGCAUAUUGAUUCAGAGCAGCCUCAUCCAUCAGCAUCAGAUGCAGCAACAGCAGCAGCAGCAGCAGCAGCAAGCCAUAUUGCAGAAUGCAGGGCUAGUUGAUGUGUGGCCCCCCCAGACUGCUCCAGGUGGGGGCACUGGUGCUGAAUCCAGCACCUAUGUGGGGGUUCACACAGAGGAGGAAGGGAACCCACUGCUGGAGAAAGCUCCCCUGCUGAACAAGAAGCCUUCACCAGAGGAGGAUGAUGCUGUAUGCCGGGACUUAGAGUCCCUCUCUCCUAGGGAGGAGUUGGAAAAUGCUGCACUCAGCCGUAAGGUCUCAGAUGUUACUUCAUCCGGGGUGCAGUCCUUUGAUGAGGAGGAGGGGGAAACAAACAAUUGACACUAUCAGGGAUCAAGUCUCCAUUACUGCUAAGACAGGGGAGAGGGAGAAUUGAAAUGGCAGGGAAUCCUUUCUCCAGCUCCCCAGAUUCCCAGGCAGAUACACUUUCUGACAUUUAAUUAAAAAAAAAAAAAGAAAUGAGAGUGAAAACUUUAUGUGAUUGACAGGUUUAAAGCUCUCCUCAUCUGUGACUAGACGGAGCCUCGUUGCCCUGGAUAGUGUGCACGGAGUGCUUGGAAAGUGGAUAGUGACAUCACCU